GGUUCCAAUUCUCGGAUAGACAGAGGAUGCAUAGCCAACUGAUUAUAAUUCUCUUUGCAUUCGUUGUGGUAAACAUUGGCAAUGUAUUUUCACAAAGAAACCGAAAUAGAUGGAGAUCUAGAAUAAAGGAUACCAGCUCACACUCCGGUGGAGGAGGACCUGGUGGUCGUGUGCGUCUCAGAAUACCACAACGAGUCUUAGGUUACAAAUUUAUUGGAUGUCUUGUUGACAAUAGAGCUCGAAUGUUAGAUGUGAAACAUGAAGAUCGACAAAUGACUAUACAGAAAUGUGCAAAAUUAUGCUCCGAGUUUAGUUUCUUCGGUGUACAGUAUUCAAGACAGUGUUUUUGUGGAAAUUCCCGCGGUAGUAAAAGAGUAUACAGAAGAAGACGUAGACGCGAAUGUAAUUUUGCUUGUGCUGGAAACAGGAGACAAAGCUGUGGAGGGAGAUGGAGGAACACAGUUUACUCGAGAAUAGGACCAUCAAAACCAACCUGUGCGUCUAGUCCCUGUAAAAAUGGAGCAACCUGCAUAGCCAAAGCGAAUGGAUAUAACUGCAUAUGUCCCGCUGGGUUUACCGAUGAAUAUUGUUCUACAGUCAUAAACGGCUGUGGCCAUAGCUACAAUAAUCCUUGUAAAAAUGGAGGCACUUGUAAAGAUGAUUCUGUCAAUGGGUAUUCAUGUUCAUGCCCAACAGGAAUUACUGGGAAAAACUGCGAAAUAGAUAUUGAUGAAUGUGAACCUAAUCCAUGUAAAAAUAGUGGCACAUGUAAGGACGAAAUAAAUGGAUAUAAAUGUACCUGCCCUAAUGGGUAUACUGGAACUAACUGUGAGAGUGAAAUUCAUGGCUGUGGCUCUGAUAAUCCUUGUACAAAUGGAGGCACCUGUAAAGAUUCUGUCAAUGGGUAUUCCUGUUUAUGUCCAACAGGAUUUGCUGGGAAAAACUGUCAAAUAAACAUUGAUGACUGUGGCUACAUUAAUCCUUGUAAGAAUGGAGGCACUUGUAAUGACGAGGUUAACGGAUACACAUGUUCAUGUGCUACAGGAUUUUACGGCAAGACAUGCCGAGCAAAAAUUCCAUGCAGAGAACCAGACAGUGUAAUGGAUGCAACAACAACUUUAGAUACACUUGAAGUUGGUGGUACUGUAACAUAUGUUUGUGACUUUGGUUAUUUAAUGUCGAGUGGAGACUCUAUUUUAACAUGUAGAAUAGGACCUUUUUGGGAAGGAACUCUACCGACAUGUUCAGUUAUUAGAUGCAAGAUUACAGGAUUAGAUAAAUACACUAUUCCGUCAACGACUAGUGAUGUUCCACCUACCACACAAGUUUCAUUCACAUGUACAAUUGGCUACAAGUUACCAAACGGAGAUUCAGGUCAAAGGGAAUGUAAAUUAGGGGGUAGAUGGACUGCACCUCUACCAGCAUGUGAGGAUAUAGAUGAGUGUCUGUCAAAUCCAUGCAAGCACGGCGCUGAAUGUAAAGAUAAAGUGAACGAUUACAGCUGCACGUGUCCCCUAGGUUACAAAGGAAAGAACUGUGAAAUAGAUAUAGAUGAUUGUCGUCUACAUCAAUGCAAGAAUGGAGCCAAAUGUAAAGAUAAAGUUAAUGGCUACAUGUGUAUAUGUCCAGCUGGUUACAAAGGAAAACGAUGUGAAAUAGAUAUAAAUGAAUGUCUACCAAAUCCAUGCAAGCAUGGCGCUGAAUGUAAAGAUAAAGUGAACGGUUACAGCUGCACGUGUCCCCCAGGUUACAAAGGAAAAAACUGUGAGAAAGAUAUAGAUGAUUGUCAUCUACAUCAAUGCAAGAAUGGAGCCAAAUGUAAAGAUAAAGUUAAUGGCUACAUGUGUAUAUGUCCAGCUGGUUACAAAGGAAAACGAUGUGAAAUAGAUAUAAAUGAAUGUCUACCAAAUCCAUGCAAGCAUGGCGCUGAAUGUAAAGAUAAAGUGAACGGUUACAGCUGCACGUGUCCCCCAGGUUACAAAGGAAAAAACUGUGAGAAAGAUAUAGAUGAUUGUCAUCUACAUCAAUGCAAGAAUGGAGCCAAAUGUAAAGAUAAAGUUAAUGGCUACAUGUGUAUAUGUCCAGCUGGUUACAAAGGAAAACGAUGUGAAAUAGAUAUAAAUGAAUGUCUACCAAAUCCAUGCAAGCAUGGCGCUGAAUGUAAAGAUAAAGUGAACGGUUACAGCUGCACGUGUCCCCAAGGUUUCAAAGGAAAAAACUGUGAAAUAGAUAUAAAUGAAUGUCUGUCAAAUCCAUGCAAGCAUGGAGCUCGAUGCAAAGAUAAAGUGAACGGUUACAGUUGCUCAUGUCGCCUAGGUUACAAAGGGAAAAACUGUGAGAUAGAUAUAAAUGAAUGCCAAUCAAACCCAUGCAAGCAUGGUGGAACAUGUGACGAUCAGGUUAAUGGUUACAAAUGCACCUGUAUACCAGGUUACAUAGGACAUAACUGUGAAACAGGUACGACAUGUUCAUGUACCGCGAGUGGUGAUCCUCACUACCGAACAUUUGAUGGGGAGAUGAUUCAUUUCCAUGGUGCAUGCAAAUAUAUACUUGCUGCAAGCAACGAUGAACAAUGUGGAUUCUCCGUCGAAGGCAAAAAUGAAUAUAGAGGUAAAAACCGUACGGUCUCUUACACGAGAUUUGUCGACUUCUGGUACAAGGACAGAUUAUAUCGCCUACACCAAGGACGGAAAUUUUAUGUCGACGGCAUCCAAAAGUACUUACCAUACGAUAACAAUGGAAUUAAAGUUUAUGUGACAGGAACUAAACUGAAACUGGAGGGACCAUGUGAUAUAACUGUACUUUUCGAUGGUAACCAUUUCUUUAGAGUAACUAUUCCAAAGACCAUUGGCGAAAACGUUUUUGGCAUCUGUGGAAAUUGCAACGGUAAAAAAGAUGAUCUCAGAACAAAAGAUGGAAUUGAUGUUUCGUCUGAGGAAUCAAAAUACACGACCAUUGGAAACAGCUAUGAAAUACCAGAUGAUUCAGAUUUAUUUUUACCACAGUGUACUCCGGGCAGCGAUGGAAAUUUGUGUUCUCCUAAACUCGAAACAAAAGCUAGGGAUUCUGGUUGUGCACUUUUACAUCCUGACAGUGCAGUAUCAAGUCCAUUUAAGAUGUGUAUAGAAGCUGAUAAAAUGACAGCUUUAGAGAUGUACGAUGCAUGUGUUUUAGAUUAUUGCGCAUUUUACGAUGACGCUAACAUCCGGGAUGAUAUAGUGUGUCAAGGAAUAGAAGGAUAUGCUGAACUAUGCCAGGAAAUGGGUAUCUCAGUUCUUUGGAGAACCAAAGAUGUGUGUCCACUUCCAUGUCAAGCUAAUGCAUUCUAUAAUGGAAGAAUGUCUGCAUGUCCAGCCACGUGUACAAACUUAUCAGGUCCUAAAAAUUGUAAACUACCAUAUGUAGAAGGCUGUCAAUGUAAAAAAGGAUAUGUUCUGAGUAACUUAGAAUGUGUACUAGAAACUGAAUGUGGAUGUCUUACUGCAGAAGGGGAAUAUAUUCCAGUUGGAAAAGUAAUUGAAAGCCCGGAUUGUACCAGCAUUACCAUAUGCAAAAUACAAAACGAAAAACCUAAAUUGGUGACAUCUAAACGUCCAAAAUGUGGGGUCAAUGCUGUAUGUAAACCUAUAAAUGGACAUUACGCAUGUGGUUGUAAACCGGAAAUGAUUGGUGAUCCUCUCAAAGAAUGCAAAAAUCCAAUGUGUACCUGUUCUGCAUUUGGGGAUCCGCAUUAUACGACAUUUGAUGGACAAAUGAUUCAUUUCAUGGGAGCAUGUAAAUAUACGGUAGUUGCAAAUGAUGACGCUUCCUGUCAAUUUGCUGUGGAAGCCAAACAACAAUACAGAAAAGGCAACUACAAAGUUACCUUCCUAAGACUUGUGGACUUUAAAUACAAUGAUCAUCACUAUCGUUUGCAUUUAGGCCGUCGGUUAUAUGUUGAUGGCAUUCAAAAGUAUACACCAUUCAAAAAUAAUGACGUGAAAAUAGUAACAGCUGGUGGCGCAUUACGAAUUGAAGGACCUUGCGGUGUCAUAGUAGAAUAUGAUGGAAUCCAUAUCAUGAAAGUUCAAAUCCCGCGAGAACUUGGAAAGGUUGUUCAUGGUAUCUGUGGUAACUGUAAUGGUAUUGCUGAUGAUUAUAAAACCAAAGACGGUAUAGAUGUAUCGAGCAAUAAGAAUUUGUAUUCCCUCAUCGGUAACAGCUAUGAAGUUCUAGAUGAUUCUGACUUAUUUCUUCCACAGUGUACUCCGGAUACAGACAUAUAUCCUUGUACUGAUGACUUACUUUUGAAAGCAAAAAAUUCACACUGUGGUCUUUUCAACCCUGAGAACAAACAAUUCAGUAAAUUUGAAAAGUGCGUCUCUGCUGACAUUGAAAGGGCAAUGGAGAUGUAUGAUUCAUGUGUUAUUGACUUUUGUUUAUUCUAUGACACACCAGACUUGGAUAAGUAUGUAUGUGAGGGUCUAGAAGGGUACGCAUCACAGUGUCAGACCAUGGGGAUACCAAUCAACUGGAGAGAUGACAAGAUUUGUCCCCUAUCGUGUCAGGAAAAUGCAGUUUAUAAGUCGAUUACGUCAUCAUGCCCGGCGACUUGUGUUAAUCCAGAAGCACCAUUCAAUUGUAAUCUUCCGCCACGUGAAGGUUGCGAGUGUAAAGCUGGUUACAUGUUAAGUCAUCUGGCAUGUGUACCUGUAGAACAGUGUGGAUGUAAAACAGAAAAGGGCGAUUAUAUUCCGAUUGGUGCGAAAAUAGAAAGUCCCGAUUGUACAACUAUUAAAUCGUGUGAAGCUAAAAGGGACAGAGGAACAUUUGUUAGUUUUACACGUCCUGCUUGUGGUAGAAACGCUGUAUGUAAACCUGUAGAUGGACAUUACAAGUGUGCUUGUAAACCUGGUUUGACUGGUGAUCCAUUGAAAGAAUGCACCAACCCGACGUGUUCAUGUACUGCAAGUGGUGAUCCACAUUACAGGACAUUUGAUGGACAGAUAAUACAUUUUUUGGGGACUUGUAAAUACACUGUGGCUGCUUCUGAUACACCUUCCUGUCGCUUUGCUAUUGAAGCAAAACAUGAAUACAGGGGUGGAAAUAAGAACGUGACCUACAUGAGACUUGUUGAUUUCAAAUUCAAUGGACAUGUAUAUCGUUUGUACAUGGGUCGUAGACUAUAUGUUGAUAGCAUUCAAAAGUAUCCUCCUUUUGUGGGAGAUGGUGUCAUGGUGUACACAUCAGGUCAGAAAUUACGACUGGAAGCCUCUUGUGGUGUUGUUGUGGAAUAUGAUGGUAUUCAUAUAAUGAAAGUUAUAAUCCCAAAACAGUUUGGACAGAAUGUUAACGGUAUAUGUGGAAACUGUAAUGGUAAACAAGAUGAUUUAAGAACAAAAGACGGGAUUGAUGUAUCCACAAACAAAAACAAAUUCUCUCUGAUUGGUAACAGCUACGAAGUAUUGGAUAACUCCGAUCUAAUUAUCCCACAAUGCAAAUCUGCCAUUGAUGUAAAUCCAUGUACAGAUGAAUUAUUACGCAAGGCGAAAGAAUCUUUGUGUCGAUUCAUAAAAGUAGAUACUAUGUACGGUAAAUUCAAGAAAUGUGUCACUGCUGAUUCUGAGAGAGCUACGGAGAUGUAUGAUUCUUGCAUCAUUGAUUUUUGCGCUUACUAUGGACGACCAAACUUCGAUGAGGUUAUGUGCGAAGGUCUACAGAGAUUUGCGGACCAAUGUAACAUAAUGGGAAUACCUAUCAGCUGGCGAGAUAAAAAACUAUGCCCACUAUCUUGUGGUCCAAAUGCUAUAUAUAAACCACAGAUAUCAUCAUGUCCAGCAACAUGUUUGGAUCCGCUUCUGUCAAAAAGUUGUAAAAGGUCACCACAAGAAGGAUGUGAAUGUAAAGCAGGCUAUUUCCUGAGUAAUUUAGACUGCGUACCAGACACUCGAUGCGGUUGUACAACGUCAUACGGCGAAUACGUACCGGUUGGUUCAACAAUUGAAAACCCAGAUUGCACUAUUGCCAGAACGUGUCAGUUGAUAGCCGGUAAAGCAAAGUUAGUUGCAAAGAAGAUGUCACCGUGCGCUACAAAUGCGCAUUGUGAACCUGUAAAUGGGCACUACAAAUGUGUAUGUAAUCCUGGUUUUCAAGGUGAUCCUUUGGCAAAAUGCACAGAAAUCAAUAUAGAUGAUUGUCUUCUAAAUCUAUGCAAGAACGGAGCCAAAUGUAAAGAUAAACUAAAAGGCUACAACUGUAUAUGUCUACCUGGUUACAAAGGAAGGCAUUGCGAAAUAGAUAUAAAUGAAUGUCUGCCAAAUCCAUGCAAGCACGGCGCUGAAUGUAAAGAUAAAGUGAAUGGUUACAGCUGCGCGUGUCCCCAAGGUUACAAAGGAAAGAAUUGUGAAAUAGAUAUAAAUGAAUGUCUGCCAAAUCCAUGCAAGCACGGCGCUGAAUGUAAAGAUAAAGUGAACGGUUACAGUUGCACGUGUCGUCAAGGUUACAAAGGAAAUAAUUGUGAAAUAGAUAUAAAUGAAUGUCUGCCAAAGCCAUGCAAGCACGGCGCUGAAUGUAAAGAUAAAGUGAACGGUUACAGUUGCACGUGUCGUCAAGGUUACAAAGGAAAGAAUUGUGAAAUAGAUAUAAACGAAUGUCUACCAAAUCCAUGCAAGCACGGCGCUGAAUGUAAAGAUAAAGUGAACGGUUACAGCUGCACGUGUCGUCAAGGUUACAAAGGAAAGAACUGUGGAAUAGAUAUAAAUGAAUGUCUGUCAAAUCCAUGCAAGCACGGCGCUGAAUGUAAAGAUAAAGUGAACGAUUACAGCUGCACGUGUCGUCAAGGUUACAAAGGAAAGAAUUGUGAAAUAGACAUCAAUGAAUGUAUACCAAACCCAUGUAAACACGGAGCAUCAUGUAUGGAUAAAGUAAAUGAUUACAGUUGUGUCUGUAAACCAGGUUACAAAGGAAAGAACUGCGACACAGAUAUAAAUGAUUGCCGGUCAAACCCAUGUAAGCAUGGUGGAACAUGUCACGACCAGGUUAAUGGUUACAAAUGUUCCUGUUUACCAGGUUACUUAGGGAAUAACUGUGAAACAGGUACGACAUGUUCAUGUACCGCGAGUGGUGAUCCUCACUACCGAACAUUUGAUGGGGAGAUGAUUCAUUUCCAUGGUGCAUGCAAAUAUAUACUUGCUGCAAGCAACGAUGAACAAUGUGGAUUCUCCGUCGAAGGCAAAAAUGAAUAUAGAGGUAAAAACCGCACGGUCUCUUACAUGAGACUUGUCGACUUCUGGUACCAGGACAGAUUAUACCGCCUACACCAAGGACGGAAAUUUUAUGUUGACGGCAUUCAAAAGUACUUACCAUACGAUAAAAAUGGAAUUAAAGUUGAUGUUACAGGAACUAAACUGAAACUUGAAGGGCCAUGUAGUAUAACUGUACUUUUCGAUGGUAACCAUUUCUUUAGAGUAACUAUUCCAAAGACUAUCGGCGAAAACGUUUUUGGCAUCUGUGGAAAUUGCAACGGUAAAAAAGAUGAUCUCAGAACAAUAGAUGGAAUUGAUGUUUCGGCUGAGGAAUCAAAAUACACGAUGAUUGGAAACAGCUAUGAAAUACCAGAUGAUUCAGAUUUAUUAUUGCCACAGUGUACUCCAGGCGGCGAUAAUAAUAUGUGUUCUCCUGAACUCGAAACAAAAGCUAAGGAUUCUGGUUGUGCACUUUUACAUCCUGAUAGUGCAUCUCGCAGUCCAUUCAAGACAUGUAUAGAAGCUGAUGAAAUGAUGGCUUUAGAGAUGUACGAUGCAUGUAUUUUUGAUUAUUGUGCGUUUGACGAUGAUGCGACAAUCCGGGACGCUAUAGUGUGUCAAGGAAUAGAAGGAUAUGCUGAGCAAUGCCAUGAAAUGGGUAUCUUGGUUCGUUGGAGAACAAGAGAUGUUUGCCCUCUUCCUUGUCAAACUAAUGCAUUCUAUAAUGGGAGAAUGUCUGCAUGUCCAGCCACAUGUACAAACUUAUCAGGCCCUAAAAACUGUAAACUACCAUAUGUAGAAGGCUGUCAAUGUAGAAUAGGAUAUGUUCUAAGUAACUUAGAAUGUGUACCAGAAACUGAAUGUGGAUGUUUAACAGCAGAAGGGGAAUACAUUCCAGUUGGAAAAGUAAUUGAACGCCCGGAUUGUACCAGCAUUUCCAGAUGUCAACUACAAAAUGAAAAACCUAAAUUGGUGACAUCUAAACGUCCAAAAUGUGGGGUCAAUGCUGUAUGUAAACCUAUAAAUGGACAUUACGCAUGUGGUUGUAAACCGGAAAUGGUUGGUGAUCCUCUCAAAGAAUGCAAAAAUCCAAUGUGUACCUGUUCUGCAUUUGGGGAUCCACAUUAUACGACAUUUGAUGGACAAAUGAUUCAUUUCAUGGGAGCAUGUAAAUAUACGGUAGUUGCAAGUGAUGACGCUUCCUGCCAAUUUGCUGUGGAGGCCAAACAGGAAUAUAGAGGAGACAACUACAAAGUUACUUUCUUAAGGCUCAUCGACUUUAAAUACAAUGAUCAUCACUAUCGUUUGCAUUUAGGGCGUCGGUUAUAUGUUGAUGGCGUUCAAAAGUAUACACCAUUCAAAAAUAAUGACGUGCAAAUAGUGACAGCUGGUGGCGCAUUACGAAUCAAAGGACCUUGUGGUGUCAUAGUAGAAUAUGAUGGAAUCCAUAUCAUGAAAGUUCAAAUCCCGCGAGAACUUGGAAAGGUUGUUCAUGGUAUCUGUGGUAACUGUAAUGGUAUUGCUGAUGAUUAUAAAACCAAAGACGGCAUCGACGUAUCGAGCAAUAAGAAUUUGUAUUCCCUCAUCGGUAACAGCUAUGAAGUACACGAUGAUUCUGAUUUAUUCCUGCCACAGUGUACUCCGGAUACAGACACAUAUCCUUGUACUGCUGACUUACUUUUGAAAGCGAAAAAUUCACUCUGUGGUCUUUUCAACCCUGAGAACAAGGAAUUCAGUAAAUUCGAAAAGUGUGUCUCUGUUGAUAUUGAAAGGGCAAUGGAGAUGUAUGAUUCAUGUGUCAUUGACUUUUGUGCAUUCUAUGACACACCAGACUUGAAUAAGUAUGUAUGUCAGGGUCUAGAAGGGUACGCAUCACAGUGUCAGACCAUGGGGAUACCAAUCAACUGGAGAGAUGACAAGAUUUGUCCCCUACCAUGUCAGGAAAAUGCAGUUUAUAAGUCGAUUACGUCAUCAUGCCCAGCGACUUGUGUUAAUCCAGAAGCACCAUUCAAUUGUAAUCUUCCGCCACGUGAAGGUUGCGAGUGUAAAGCUGGUUACAUGUUAAGUCAUCUGGCAUGUGUACCUGUAGAACAGUGUGGGUGUAAAACAGAAAAGGGCGAUUAUAUUCCAAUUGGUGCGAAAAUAGAAAGUCCCGAUUGUACAACUGUUAAAGCAUGUGUAGCCAAAGGUGAUAGAGGAACAUUUGUUAGUUUCAAACGUCCUGCUUGUGGUAGAAACGCUGUAUGUAAACCUGUAGGUGGACAUUACAAGUGUGCUUGUAAGCCUGGUUUGACUGGUGAUCCAUUGAAAGAAUGCAUCUACCCGACGUGUUCAUGUACUGCAAGUGGUGAUCCACAUUACAGGACAUUUGAUGGACAGAUUAUACAUUUCUUUGGGGCUUGUAAAUACACUGUGGCUGCUUAUGAUACACCUUCCUGUCGCUUUGCUAUUGAAGCAAAACAUGAAUAUAAGGGUGGAAAUAAGAACGUGACCUGCAUGAGACUUGUUGACUUCAAAUUCAAUGGACAUAUAUAUCGUUUGCACAUGGGUCGCAUGCUAUAUGUUGACGGCAUUCAAAAGUACCCUCCUUUUGCGGAAGAUGGUGUCAUGGUGUACACAUCAGGUCAGAAAUUACGACUGGAAGCCUCUUGUGGAGUUGUUGUAGAAUAUGAUGGUAUUCAUUUAAUGAAGGUUAUAAUCCCAAGAAAGUUUGGACAGAAUGUUAACGGUAUAUGUGGAAACUGUAAUGGUAAACAAGAUGAUUUAAGAACAAAAGACGGGAUUGAUGUAUCCACAAACAAAAAUAAAUUCUCUCUGAUUGGUAACAGCUACGAAGUAAUGGAUGACUCCGAUCUAAUUAUCCCACAAUGCAAACCUGCCAUUGAUGUAUAUCCAUGUACAGAUGAGUUAUUACUCAAGGCGAAAGAAUCUUUGUGUCGAUUCAUAAAAGCAGAUACCAAGAACGGUAAAUUCAAGAAAUGUAUCACUGCUGAUCCUGAGAGAGCUAUGGAGAUGUAUGAUUCUUGCAUCAUGGAUUUUUGUGCUUACUAUGGACGACAGAACUUCGACGAAGUUAUGUGCGAGGGUCUAGAGGGAUUUGCAGAACAAUGUCACAUAAUGGGCAUACCUAUCAGCUGGCGAGAUAAAACACUAUGCCCACUUUCUUGUGGUUCGAAUUCUAUAUAUAAACUACAGAUAUCAUCAUGUCCAGCAACAUGUUUGGAUCCGCGUCUAUCAAAAAGUUGUAAAAGGUCACCACGAGAAGGAUGUGAAUGUAAAGCAGGCUAUUUCCUGAGUAAUUUAGACUGCGUACCAGACACUCGAUGCGGUUGUACAACGUCAUACGGCGAAUACGUACCGGUUGGUUCAACAGUUGAAAACCCAGAUUGCACUAUUGCCAGAACGUGUCAGUUGAUAGCCGGUAAAGCAAAGUUAGUUGCAGAGAAGAUGUCACCGUGCGCUACAAAUUCGCAUUGUAAACCUGUAAAUGGGCACUACAAAUGUGUAUGUUUACCUGGUUUUCAAGGUGAUCCUUUGGAAAAAUGCACAGAAAUCAAAUUGAAUUGCGGAAAAGCAGCCGAUAUUGUGUUUGUACUCGAUUCCUCCUCAAGCAUGAGAUCAAAUAACUUUGCGAAAAUAAUAAACUUCGUGAAAAAGCUGGUUAGGGGAUUUAUGGCUGAACAUCAUAAAGUCAGAAUUAGUGUGAUCACGUUUUCGCACCGGUCAAGAAUACAGUUUUAUCUGAAUCAGUACACAGAAAAAGAGGAUAUAAUUAACGCUCUUAGCAAAAUUCGUCACAUGCGUGGCGGAACACGAACCGAUUAUGCAUUGCAUGAUAUGCACAGUAAGGUCUUAACAGAGGCUCAUGGAGAUCGACCAGAUUAUCCGAAUAUUGGAAUAGUCAUUACAGAUGGAAAAUCAAAUUAUCCGAAGAAAACAAAAGAAGAAAUGGUUCAUAUGAAGGACGAUGGUGUUAUGAUGUUUGCGAUCGGAAUUGGUUCAUCUAUUAACCAGAAAGAAUUGGAGACCAUCGCCAUUGAAAAAGACCAUGCGUUAAGAGUGAAAGGAUUUGACUCGCUGGAACAUAUUAUGGAAGAAUUUCAACUGAUUACUUGCAAAGGAAUUUCACAUGUUCCCAAGCAAGGCCAUUUCCUAAACCAUCCGCAUUAAUUUCAUG